AUGCAACAUUUGAAAGACAAAGAUGAAAAAGAGAUUGCUUUACAUUCAAAUUGUAAAGAUCCUAAAUUCGAGUUAUGCAAAACAGCCUUGAAAAAUAUCUUAUCUCCCACAAAUCAACUGAACAAAGCGAUAUUUGAAGUCUUGAAAGCUUUACAAAAAUGUAAAGUACUCGAAAUUACGAACAUACACCAAAUAACUGAUAAUUUUAUCAAGUUAAGCGAAGGCUUGUCUUCUGAACUUUAUGAAAUUUCUUCAUUCAUUAGUGAUAUUAUUCAAUAUUUUGAGAUACUUUCAAAUGAUACAGCUAAGGCUAAUGAUUUGAUUGAUUUGUUGGAAACGUCACUUAGUGAGCCUAAUGAAAGGAUGAGAUGUGUCAAGGGUCUUGAAAAUGAUUUAAAUAAUAUUGCUAAUGAUCUUGAAUUUAAGGAUGAAGUUCUGAAUAGUAAAUCAUGCAUAGUAUUUCAUAUAUUAUAUAACCCAAAUAUAGUUAAUAGAAUUGCAAUUUAUGAAGGAAUUAAACCGAUUAAAAUUCAAUUCAAACUGCUUACUAGUUUUUGGAAAACCCACAAUUAUCUUAUUGAUAACUUGGUUAAAUUGCUAUAUGAUACAAAAAAAUCAUCUUGUAUGUUGAAAUUUUUAAUGGAUGAUUUUGAGAUGAUAAGCCUAUGGGAAAAAGUGAAAGUCAAAUGUGAGGCCGAUUAUGGUAGAGCAAUGACGCUAUUGUAA